AAAGUGCUCUUUUCUCGGGUAAAGAUCACUUCCUCGCUUCUCUGAGUCUUACAAAAGCAAAAAGUCACCGUACCAAGCAACUCAGACAGAGAGAGGAGAAAUCAGCCCUCUCACCAAGAUGACGGCUCGAUCUUCUGCGGGAGGAAUAAUUAACAUCUCCGCUACUACCAAGAAGAUCGACGUCGAUAACAGAAUUUCCCUAUUGUUUUACUAUCGCAUCGCUGAUAAUAUUCUCAAGCAGGCUGACAUCUUUCGUGAAGAAAAGAAUAUCGUUGACUUGUAUGUGAUGCUUCUUAGAUUUUCAAGUUUGGUUACUGAGACAAUACCUUGCCAUCGAGACUAUAGAACAUCUCCACAAGGGAAUAAACUUUAUCUCAAAAGGAAACUAAUAACUGCACUGGCUGAGCUUGAGGAACUGAAACCGGCUGUUCAAGCAAAACUUCAGGAGUUGCACAGUAAACAAAUUUUUUAUAAGCUAAAUAAGCAACAGAAGUCCUUGCAAAAUGACGUUCUUGAAUCUUCAGUUGAAUGGCCUGCCACGAAACAAAACUGGAAUGGUUUUAGUACAAGCAAGAGACUAGAGCCUGUUACAAGAACAUGUGGAUACCAAGUUCCCAAGGCUCUCACCCUUACCAGACCUGUUGAAGAUCAUUUCCGCAGAAUAUCAUUGAGUAUACCUCGUCCAAAGGAGGAAACUCUUUCUAAACAUUCUAUUUUGGGCCCGAACGGGCUUCGAGGCCAAUGGCAACCUCCUAGUAAUUAUAAGGUUCAGUAUCCAAGCAAUAUAGAUCUUUCUCCUCUUCAGAUACCAAGGGAUGGUAACACUCAGCAGUCUAUCAAAGAUGGAACUAUGAUGAGAGAUGAUGGCAACUCAGAACAAGAAAGAUCAAGUUUGGAAUCUGUGGUUCAGCCAAAAAAUGAUAACCACCUGAUUAAAGAACCCGAUUCUCUCAUUACUUUUGAAACUGUCGAAAGCUGUUUACAAACUGAAAUUAUUAGACAACCUUCUCCUCCUCCCCUUCUAGCAGAUGUACAGGAUUUGAACCCAACAUCAACUCCAGCCACUCAGACAGAAUUUGGGUUGGAAAAUGAUCCUGGUGAUACUUUAGUAUGCUCUGAAGAUCCUUUACAGCUGCACAUUUCAACCACACUGAUGGACAGUUUUAUGAAGCUAGCCAAGUCAAACACAGAUAAGAACUUAGAAACGUGUGGCGUCCUGGCGGGUUCCCUUAGAAACCGAAAAUUUUAUAUCACGGCUCUCAUUAUCCCAAAGCAAGAAUCAACAUCAGAUUCAUGCCAAACAACAAAUGAGGAAGAAAUAUUUGAAGUACAGGACAAGCAGUGUCUUUUUCCCUUGGGAUGGAUUCACACACAUCCUACACAAUCUUGUUUCAUGUCAUCAAUUGAUGUUCACACUCACUACUCAUAUCAGAUCAUGUUGCCAGAAUCUAUUGCCAUUGUCAUGGCUCCAAGAGACAGUUCAAGAAAGCAUGGUAUCUUCCGGUUGACUUCAGGUGGGAUGACGGUCAUCAGGCAGUGUCCAAGGCGCGGGUUUCAUUCCCAUGAUCCCCCUUCCGAUGGUAGUCCUAUAUACAGACAUUGUACAGAUGUUUAUAUGAAUUCUAGUUUGAAAUUUGAUGUAAUCGAUCUACGUUGAUUGCUUCAUAUUGGAGUGAUUAAUUUGAUAUUUACUCAUUCAUGAUUAUAGUUGAAGCAAUUCCUGGUUUUGGUUUUCUUAGUGAUUUCGACACUGAAAGAAGCGAAUGUAUAGUUCUACUGUAUAUUUCUGGUAUUGCUGAAUUUGUUAUUUUGUAUGACUGAACUGCUUUUGCAACUCUUGCACAUAGGACCACCAAAUUGUUU